GUCAAAAAUACAUGUCAUUUUAUUUUCACAUCAUUCUAUUUUGUGCGUUAUUACGUUGAGUUGAAUUUGUUAAAAUACACGAAACAGUGAGCUUUGGCAAUGUGCUCCUUUCUGCAACGGACCAUUACGUUCAGCGAUUAGUUCUGUGUUCAAUAAUAAACGAAUUAUGACAAUAGACUACUCGUUUAAUAAUAAUUAAUAUAAAUUAAAAAAGGUUUUCCACGGUUUUCCAUCCUCCUGUGUUCAAAACUAAAGCUAUGUGUUGUGUACGAUAUAUUACAAUGAGCCUAAAGUGAUAAAUAACAUACCUAGUGUUUAGUGUUGGUUUUCUAUUUUGGACAGCAAUUGGGGCUAAAUUUAUAUUGGGAUGCUAGUAAGAUGAAUUACUCUCGAAGGAAGGCGUAGAAAUUGCAUAAAUGGGGUGCACAAUAGUGAAGAAGCACAGGAUAAAGCCCCGUGCGGCCCGCCGCGGCCGUCGCGCGGCGCACUAACAGGCCCGACCUUCACGGGUUGCCAGCCUCAACGGGGUUGCUAGCUUUAACGUAGUUUGCCUUCUAGUUCUACUUGCUCUACUUGGUCCAAUUUCUAGUAAUCGAUGUUCUAAUUAUUUAUUAUAAGGUAGUGAUGAUGGAGCAGCCCGAGGUGGAGAAGAGCUGCCCCAGCUCGGACGACGCCGGGCUCGCCAGGACCAGAAGCUUUAAAUCAAAACAGCUGGUGCGCAGUUCGGCGAUCCGCGAGGCGGCGUCCCCUCCCCGCGUCGCCAGCCCGGCCCCGCCCGCCGCCGCGCCGGGCCCCGCCCCCGCGCCCGCCUCCAACGGCGACCGCACCGACGACGAGUCUAGUCAUAGUGAUAAGUGCAGUGUGAUCAGUAGUGAUAGAAAAUGUGACGACAGGAAGAAGCAGGUGGAGAUCCAGAUAACUUGCGGCGCGUGGGAGGAGGGCGCGAGCGGGCAGCGGCUGCGUGCGCGGCGCUGGCUCGGCCACCGCCACCACUCGGACUCCUCGCGCGAUCUGCUGUCGCACGCGCCGCGCCGCACCUGCGUCUGCGGCGCAUGUGCCUGCCCGCACUGCAGGGGUCGGCGCAGCAAGCAGCAGUGCCCGACGAAGCAGGACUCCGGGAUAGUGUGCUCGGAGGACUGCCCCGACUGCACCGACAACUGCAAUGAUCAUAACGGUCACAACGGAGACGUAGCGAAAAGAUCUGGAAGCUUCGACAAUGAAGAGCAAGGAUUCUACUGCAGAUGUCCCGAAAGAAAAGAAAAACCAAAGAGCUUCUCGUUAACACGGACAGAUUCAGAGGAUAAAAUGGAGCCGACCGGCCCGGAGCUGGUGAACUUCAUCAAGGAGACCCUCAACAAGAACCCGCGCGACCGCAUGACGCUGCUGCGGAUAGAGAAGGACCUGCACGCGCUCAUCAACGACACCAGCCGCUGCAUAGUGCGUUUCCCGGUGAUGACGUCGUACGGGCGCAUGUUGGUGCAUCGCUGCGCCGCGCUGUUCGGCCUCGCCCACCAUCUCGACCACGCCCAUAAAAACGCCGUGCUCGUCUCCAAGAGCGGCACUAGCGGCGGGCGUAUUCCGUGCACGAGUUUCCGUCAGUGGUGCACCACCGUGUUCCCCAAGUCCCCGCCGCGCCGGCACGACGACACGCUCGCCAAAUCUAUCCUGAAGCGCGAGGGGGGCGGCGCGCUGGGCGGGGCGGCGGGCGCGGCGCCGCGCAGCAAGUCGCUAGAGCAGCGGGAGCGGGACUACGAGCGCGUGCGCCGCCGCAUAUUCAGCUCGGACAAUUGCACUCAAGAUGAGAACCAGUGGCCGUGGCUCAACUCGGGGCCUGUCAAACUGCUUACGCCCGAGACCGGAAGAAACAAACUGUUAAAGGUGCAGUCGCUGGAGGCUAGCGGAGGCGGCGCGGCGGGCGGGGCGGGGAGUGGGUCGCGCGGGCCGGUCGCCAAGAGUCACAGUUUUGGCGGAUACUCCGAACCGCCGCAGCGCCUGCUCAGCCGACAGGGUGAUCUGGCGUCAAGCAGCUGGCGCCUGUCUCCGUCCAGCUCCGGGUACAAGACGCUCAGUCUGCGCAGCACCGACUCUGUCACACCCUCGCCCACCGUUCGGCCAACAGGCGGCGCGAGCCCCGAGCCGACGUCGGAGGCAAGCGCGGGGGGCGGGGCGGGCAUAGCGGGCGCGGGGGGCGGCGCGCUCGUGUGGGCGGUCACCGACCUCUCCGCCGUGCCCGUCGGCGCCGUGGUUAUACAUCCACAGACGGGUCGUGCGCUGACGAACCCGGACGGCACGCUGUACCACUUCCACCCCGACAACCCGCCGCCGCUCUACGACGCCAACGCCGCACUAGACGAGAAGGAUCCAAAUGGAGAUAAGAAGAGAGGGAAAUUAGAAAAACAGCACUCCUUCAUAGACCACGAGUGCGAUUGUUCGGGGGAGUACAGAGGCAAGUGUUGUUGCGAAUGCCGCCGCCGCGAGCCGUGCAGAGAACACGCUGAAAAGACCACAUCCAAAGAGAGCCAAACUGGAUCGAUCCCGAGCAGCCCCGCCAAGGACCGCUACAUCGAGCCAUCGACGCCGGACGCUAACACCGACAAGUCCUACGAGAACCAGAGCGCGCCCACGCAGCUCUACGACUCGCCCACUCGGACCUUCGACAACACGUACGAGUCGCCCAAGCGGCUCGAGAGAUACGACGCCCAAAACUCGCCGAAAACCUUCGAACCGGCCAAUCAGAGGAUGCCGUACGAGGCGACCAAUCAGCGCUCGUUCGAAGCGGCCAAUCAGAGGCCGCCCUUCGAAAACCAGCGGUCGUACGAUUCGACGCGGCAGUACUCGAAGGAGUGCGAGCAGCAAUGCUACGUCCAGCCCAUGAGGAGCGAGGAGUCGCCCAUGGGCGUCCAGAACUAUGUCCAGGAGGAGGCCAAGACCACGCCCGUGCCGCUCGUCGACCAUACUAUACGUCCAAUGUCACUGACGAACGUGUCGUAUCCACUGAUGCAGCAACCUUACCACUACGUCAACCGCUGCAGAAUCGAGCCGCACAUGCAGGCGCCGAUGUACCAGCUGCAGCCGGAGGAACCGAAGGUCGCACACGACAACACCUUCCGAAUAGACCCGAGCUACCCGUACGCGGCUGACUUCAGCGCGUGCGGCGCCUGCGAGCCGCAGCCCCGACAAUACACUAUGCCGUACGGGGUGGAGCUGGGCGCACAGUACCUGCCCAACGUGAUCCUGCCUCCCGCGCCGCCGGCCCCGCCCGCGCAACCCCAUCACUACCCGCAAUACCAGGAGAUGCAGUGGGGUGGUCUGCAGCCGCCGCUGCCGAUCAGCCCGGCCGCGCCCAAGCUGAUGCUGCACGACGUGUACCCGCUCGUGUACCCCCCGCUCUACCCCAACCCGCAAUACGGCGUCGUCUACCCCGCCGCGCCCCUGCAGCAGAUGAUCCCGCAGCCGUACCCGAUGUGCCAGGCCGUGUACGGGGUGGAGAAGGCGGGCGAGCGGCGGGCGAGCUACCCCAAGCGCGGCUCGCUCCCGCCCUCCCAGCGCGCCACGCCCCACGCUGACGACCGCGCCGACCCCGAUAUAGCCGUUAAGAUCCAGCAGAUCAAGGAGCAGAUGGCGGCGGUGAGCACGCGCGACCGGCAGUGGGAGCGGCCGCGGCGGCGCAACAGUGGCAGCGGCCUGCUCGGCAGCUACCCCGCCCCCGCGCCGCACCCCGCACCCGCCCCCGGCCCCGCCCACAACGCAAGACCGCUUGGGCGCAGCCCGAGCGAGGAGGCCCAGCUGAGCUCGGCGGCGCGCGCCAUCGUCAACUCCAUCCGCACCAUGCAGGCCAAGAACAACACUUACCCGGAUCGUCGUGGUCCGGAAGCGCGCGAGCAGUACCGGCGGGCGCGCGGCCCCGCCCCCGCCGUCCCCGCGCCGCCCCCCGACCGCCCCCGCCGCCCCUACAACCCGAUCGUCACCUACCGCCCGCCCUACCUGCUGCGACAGAUGUCCCCCGGCACGUGGUGUCGCCGCUCGCCGGGCGCUGCCACACCCGUCAUGAACAACAACCAGCCCCGGCGCCCGCACCCCGACACGCGUAACGGCCGCCGCUAGACGCACACACACACAUAAACAUAUCCAAAUACUUAUGUCCGUUACCACUCGCUUUAAGUUUAUGUGUUAGAUAGCCGAGCUAUAAGCGGAGCGACGAGCGACGCGCAACAGUUGUAUUGUAAUGGACAGUUUAACUUUUUUUUUACGAAAUGUAAUAUUUGUUUUUGAAUAUAUUAUUCAAAUGUUACAGAUAUAUGUUACACUUUUAUUAAUUAUUUUUAAAAUAGCUCCGCUUGUCGCUCCGCUCCGUCAAAUAUGCCACGUAAUACUGAUUUAAUACUUCAAGUAUUCAUUAAUUGUUUGUAGUAUUAACUAUCAGUAAAAUUAAUUCGAUAGACUUUUUAUCUUCU